AUGAAGAUGAUUUGGUGGAAGAAAGUCUGCCGGCAGCAUUAUCUGUGGGCCCUGUGCUGCUAUGUGCUGCUGGCCAUUGUUGCUCUAAAACUCACUCUACGGUUGAAAUGUGACUUUAGUUCCCUGGACCUGGACUCCACAGGCUUUCAAAGCCGGUACUGUAGGGACAGCUUGUACAACUCCCUGAAACUGCCAGCACAGAGAUCUAUUAACUGUUCUAGAAUCAUCCAAGGGGACCAGGAAGCAGUGAUCGAAGCUCUUCUGAACAACCUGGCGAUGAAGAAAACACGGGUGCCUCUUACAGACACUGAUUACCUCAACAUGACUAAAGAUUGUAAGCAAUUUAAGGCCAACAGGAGGUUCUUGGAGUUUCCAUUGAGCAAAGAAGAGUUAGACUUUCCUAUUGCAUAUUCUAUAGUGAUCCAUGAGAAGAUUGAGAACUUUGAAAGGCUGCUGAGAGCUGUGUAUGUCCCGCAGAACAUAUACUGUGUGCACGUGGAUGAGAAGUCACCAGAAACCUACAAACAGGCAGUCAAAGCAAUUAUUUCUUGCUUCCCCAAUGUCUUCUUGGCCAGUAAGUUGGUUCGGGUGGUUUAUGCCUCCUGGUCCAGGGUACAGGCUGAUUUGAACUGUAUGGAAGACCUGCUGCAGAGUCCAGUGCCAUGGAAGUACUUCCUGAACACUUGCGGGACAGACUUUCCUAUAAAGACCAACGCAGAGAUGGUCCUGGCCCUCAAGAUGCUGAAAGGGAAGAACAGCUUGGAGUCAGAAUUACCUAGUGAGUACAAAAAAAACCGCUGGAAAUAUCACUUUGAGGUGACAGACAGCUUGCACCAAACCAACAAGAUGAAGGACCCACCCCCUGAAAAUUUGCCCAUGUUCACAGGGAAUGCCUAUAUGGUGGCUUCUCGCGCCUUUGUCCAACAAGUCUUAGAGAACCCUAAGUCCCGAAGGCUAAUUGAAUGGGUAAAAGACACAUACAGCCCUGAUGAACACCUCUGGGCUACUCUUCAGCGCGCACCCUGGAUGCCUGGCUCCGUCCCCUACCACUCCAAGUUUCACAUCUCAGACAUGGCUGCCAUUGCCCGGCUGGUUAAGUGGCAGGGCCAUGAAGGCAACAUCAGCAUGGGGGCACCUUAUGAACCUUGCUCUGGAAUCCAUCAGCGUGGCAUUUGUAUUUAUGGGGUUGGGGACCUGCACUGGAUGCUCCAGAACCAUCACCUGUUCGCCAACAAGUUUGACCCAAAUGUGGAUAAUAAUGCUCUUCAGUGUUUAGAAGAGUACUUACGACAUAAGGCCAUAUACAGAACUGAUCUCUAA